AAGGUAGUGCGGAGCUCCUGAUCGAUCGGUGCCAAAGCCAUGAAUUUUCGCACGCGCGACCGAGAAUGUAGCCUCCCCGCUGCCGGAUUUCGUUAGAGAUGGAGGAAAUCGAGCACGUCGUGCAGGUUUUCCGGGGGAUGCACUUCAACGAGAGGGCGUUGGAGAGGAAGUAUGCGAUGGCCUUCACAGGGCCGAUCGAUCAGCUCUUUGACGACGAAAGCGUCAGGAUUGCUGCCGCCAGAGCGCUAGAGAACAACGAAGGGGAUUUGAGCGCAAUCGGAGACAAUGGCUACAGGGCCGUGAUACAUGAGCUCUUUCUUCUACAGAAGUGCGUCGAGAAGGAUCCCAUGCGUGUUGGUGUGCCGCGAGUAGAACUGCCCAGCCCGCUAGCGAAGAAGGCGAAGGCUAAUGCUUGGAGUUCUAGCCGACCCAAGCCUGGACAGCUAUUGCUGGAAGCGGCUACUGAGAAGCUUGCGGCCACCGAGGACUCGAGAAUCUGCAGCAAUGUUUGUGACGAGAACUUUGCGUCCACUUCCGGCCGAGACGAGGAACUUCCGGAGUUCCCUCCUGGCUUUGAAGAUUUUGGAAAGGUAAUGCUGCUGCCAGUGCGUCAAGCUUAUGACUGGGGGAUUGUCGUCCAAGGCUGUGAGCUCUCGGAGUUGAAGGGGCUGCUCCAUAGCAGAUUGGAGAUCGUUCCAGCGCCGGCCGAUGAACUCGCCAUUGUUUCGUGCGAGGACAGUGGUGGAGUUUUCAAGUUUGUGUCGGGCGUGGUGGCGGAGAUGUUUUAUGAGGCUUGCGUGACGAGUCCACCUGUGGUACAAGGGAGGGAGCUUUCCGUUCAGAGGCUGUACGCGCCGGCUGAGAUUCCUUCCGUGGACUUCGUGUGGCGAUCCUCGUCAACUUUGCUUUACUUUCGGGGAGACGGGGCCCGGAGCAGCCUCAAGCAGCACUUUGAGAAAGUUUUGCCGGAAAAAAACGUUGGAGAGGUGGUCCGAUCGAUGCAUAUCUUUCCGGAGGGAUUGGACGCACUGGUGGAGCUGGAGUCGGACCUGGUAGCGGAUCUAUUCUUUUACCGGUGCGGCAAGAACAGGUGCUUGGAAUGGGAUUUCCUGGUCUGUCGUAGCAAGGUCAUGCCACCGGACGACGAAGUGGAGCCCUUCAUCGACGUAGUGUCCAUACCUGACUUGAACUGGCCGAUCAAGAGUAUCAACCAGGCAGCGGACAGCAACAAGGUGCCACAGCCGGCAUCCAAGAGGCUUGAGAUUCGGCUUCUUCCCGAUAGUGUCCAGGCCGUCAAGGCGAAAGAUACUCAGGCUGCGGGUGAAACACAGUUGCCGGUCAGCGAUUCUGAUACUCGGGCGCUCCGAGGCGAUGGCAACUUGAAGACUGGCACUACUAAGGCUCCCCGUCCGACGAAAGGAAAAGAGAUUCCGUUUCAACUUCGACUCAUGCCUGCGAGCAAAAAGCUGGUGGUUCUCGAGGAUGAUAGAGCUUGUCUUGCAACGUUUUUCGAGACCCUUCUCCUGUGGAGAAAACCGGACGAGUGCUGUCAAGUCUGCAGUCCGCGGCCCAACAUGUCGAUUGUCAAGUGCAGCUCCGAAGCUGCGGCGGACGCCAUCAUGGAUGCGUACGUCGAAGAGCCGCAGAAGUUUAUCGUCGACGGCCAACCGCUUCAGGUCCUCCGAGACAGGUCUUACCAUCGUCCCGGCGCGGUCAACAAGAUGUAUACCGUGGAGGACGAGGACCCAGGUGAAGUCAGCGUCUCGGGCCUUCCGGAUCUCCCACCGCAGUUACUCAAGGCGGCUCUUCGCGAGCUCCUGGAUAGGACGUUCGCGUCGGACUCGUCCGUCAGAGAGCACGGAAACGGGCUGUUCAAGGAGUACCAUCAGAAACACGGCGUGAGCUACAUUAGCUUCUACACCGUGGCGACCACAGUAGCGCUGCUUAAGCUCAAGCAUCCCAUCACGCUUGGUGGCAAAGUUCUCAGCUUCGAGCAUCACGGCCCCAAGAGAGCACCGGAGCGAGGCUGGAGCCACAAACUUGACAGGCAUGGCCGGAGUCACGAGCAGCACCAGCCAGGCUUUUGGCAUGGUAAAAGUCCAAGCCCAAAGGAAGGUGAGGCAUACUUUCGCCGAGCCAGGGGUCGUUCUACCGAAGAGAGGCAGCUCGGCAUCGUCCGUCGAGAGCUUGAUCCUUCUCCUCGAUGCGAUCCCUUCAACGAGAAGUUCCUCAGGCUUCAUGAACCUCAGAUUUUGGAAGGCGAGAGGCAUGGUCAUCGUCGGAAGCGUUCCACCUGUAUCGCAUUCGAGGAACACUUCUAUGAUCACCGCCAGGUUACUUGGAAGAGGUAAUCGAUCGAGAUUCGUGGUUUUGGAUAAGAAAACUAACACAACUAUGAUCAGCCAUGUAAAUCUGAGUAAAAACUUUGCCAAGAUGUUUUGAUAAAAUGCCUCGCACUGUCAAACACACCAUAACAUCGUUGGGUGUGAUCACUUCUUAGAAUCAUCGUCCACGAGAAUGCCCAGGAGCUCCUCCUCGC